GUCUUUCAGCUAACCCUAAACCUAAGGUAUUCUGCCGUCUCUCGUCUCUCUCCCUCGUCUCUCUCUCGCUCAUUCUCACCUCUCUUUGAAACAGGUAGUCGUGAGCUCUCUGUCUCUCUUGUUUUCUCGCUGCAAGCCAAGCCAAGUUUAGUCGUGACCUCAUAUCAUCUCUGCCUCUCUUGUUUUCUUGCUGCAAGCCAAUUAAGAAAAGCCCUCCCACUGCCUCAUUCGGCAAACGAAAACCUUAAAACCCAGUCAUGGCGUGCACAAUCGAUUUCCGCUGCCUCGACGAGGGCUUCGGUGGCAAGACCUACAAGCGGAAGCGAGAGGAAUCCCAGAAUCUGAUCAAUGAAGACCCGGCUCCCAUGGAGGUGGAAGAGGAGGCGGAUACUUGUCCACCUGCGGCGAAGAGAUGGGCGGUUGCGUCGGCGGAGAACCCGGACAAGCCGAGCUAUAACGGGGUGAUAUCCGGGAAAGUCUCCGGCCGGAAGUGGAAGCAGGCGAGGAAGCAGAGAGCGUCGGCAUCGAAGGUGAGCCUGAAGGGCACGAACUUCGAGGAAAGGGACAAGCAGAAGGAGAUAAAGAAGGCGUACAAGGCGAGAAUAACGGAGCUGAAGGAGGCGAUAAGACAGAACAAGGUGGACAAGCGGAAGAAGAGGGAGGAGAGGGAGAAGAAGAAGAAGGAGAACAUUCUGAGGUCUGGGACCAAACUCCAGAAGAUCACCAAUCCCAAGACAUUGAAGAAGAUCGCCAAGUCCAAGCAGAGGAAGCUCCUCAAGGUUGUUCCCGACGAUAUGCUCAACAAGAGCAAGAGCAAGAACCAGUAAUCACUUUUAUUAAGCUUAAUUAUGAUUUUGCUUGAAAAUCUUGCAUUUGCUUCAAAUAUGAUUCUAUGUUGUUUCUACAACCGAUAUCUUUCUAGCUCUUCUCUUGUGAUCAA